AUGUCGGAACCGCAGCGCAAGGUUUGCCUCCCGCAACCGCCGCCGCCCUGGCAUCUGGCUCCUGGCAGCGUAUUGGGGAGGAGCAGCAAGCAGCCCACAGUGGUGGAGCAGACCGAGCCGGCGCCAGUGCAGCAGUUCUGGCGUCGGGAGUGCUUGCGCCUUGCAGUAGAGGCGCAGAAGGCUUUCCAGGUUCAUUCCGAAGCGAAGCCGCAGGUAAAGGUUCAGCCCUUAGUGGCGAUGUCGCUCAUGACGGCUCUGACACGUCAGCCCGCCAUGGCGGAGACCAGGACGGAAGCGGAGCCAGGCUGGCGCGCCGACCAGAGGGCGGCCGCCGCCCCCCUGGCGGCCUCCGAGAGCGGCCACUUCGCCAGCGUGGGCCCGGGGGGCCGCGGCGGUCUCGUCGUCUCGGAUGUUGGCGGAGCAAAGCCAGAGACCGCGCCGAUGCCCGAGCGGAUCUGCGUGGACGGAGCCACGUCCCAGCCCACGCGGCGGAGCGUCAGCCAGGUCGCCGAGAUCGGGAUCAGCGGCACCGACGCCUCGAAGAUGGGCUCGUACCUUGCUUUGGCUUGCGAGGCCAACUACGCGUUCACGCUUCCACCGGUGCUCCAACCCGCCACCGUUGCGGCAUGGGCCCCGCCCCGGCUCGGGGGCGAUGCGCCGCCGCCCGCGCCGAUGGCGGGGCUGGGCGGCCCGCGCUCCGCGCCCCUGCUGCUGCACCUGGACGUGAACAAGACCAUCAUCCACACCGACGACACACAGUCGAAGGACGACGACGAUGGGCUGUGCGAGGGCACGGGCGAGCUCUUCUGGGGCCGGACCUGCGAGCAGGCCGAGCAACGCGGCGAAGAGGAGGGCGGUGGGCUGACGUGGCGGUGGACGCGGAGCGCGCCGAGCUGCCUGCCGAGCGAGGACGACGUCCGUGAAGGGGCGGACAACCUUUCUAGCUACGUGCAGUACGUCAGGAAAGUCGUUACGGACAAGAAGGCCCAGAAGGAGGCGCUGAGGGCGUUCACUCUGGCUGGCGACGACGAGACAAGGCAGGAGAUGAAUGCGCUCCUCCGUACGACGCAGGAGUGCAUGCUGCUGCCGCCCGAGCACGUCGACAGCCCGGCCACUGCCGCGGCAGGCAUCGCCGGGAGGAGGUACAACGCCUUCCCGUCGCUUUUCCACCUGGCCGCGGGCCUGCAGCGCUCUGGGCGCAGGUUCUCCAUCCUCUUCCGCUCCUUCGGCAGCGACCACGCCAAGGUGCAGACGGAGUGGAACGCCUUCUGCGAAAUGAGGCACCCCAUCUUCUCCCGCCUGCUGGAGGACAUCGGGCCCAUGGAUGGGUCGGUCCCCGGCGUGCCGGACCGGCGCAUGCAUAGCAUCCACACGCUGUACAGCGACGUCGCAGGGCCGGUCUUGAUCCUCGACUCAUUCACGAACGGUCCAGAGGACGCGCCGUGGGAUUCGUGGGCGCGGAGCAAGCCCAGGCCCGAGGGGGACACGCGCGACGGGCGCCGGUUCGUCAGGGAGGUGCUGCGGGCCGAGACCGUGGAAGGGUUCGCCGGCGUCCAGGAGUGGAUGUGCCACCACCUCGCCUCCGAGGGGACCGCGGGCAUCAAGGACGACUGGGCCUGGUGGACGUACCACCGGCAGGUGGGCGAGUUCGGCAAGCUGAUGACGCUGAUACCAGGGCCGCCCACCCAUCGCAGCUCUUCCUCGACGACAAUAUCGACAUCCACGAGCCGAUGA